GUGUAGAUGAAACCCACAUCAAAAUUCAAUCACCUGGGGCUCGAUUCUCGACUUCAUGUGAAAAGAUUCACAUGUUAAAAUAUUCCACUACAUAUUUUCACAUGCUUGCUUGAAACUGCAUUCUUGAUUAUAGUGGAAAAUAUUUUCCAAUGGAAACAGACUUGAUACGUAAGUCGAAUAUUAAAUAGAUAUUGGCCAAUCAGAUUUCAUCAUUUUCGAAUUGUUAUGUUGAGACUCCUGCUAACAUGUCAUGGUCAUGUCAUAUGUCAUGCCAAUGCCAAACCAUAACCUUAUUUUAUUUGGCAAUUUAUUUGUCUGGGGUUUAGAUUUUAUAAAAUAAUAGCAGAGACAAACCUAUAAUAGCAAGAUAGCAAUGUUGGUUGAAGUUGACAGGAAAAAAAGUGGGCAUGUGUCAGACACCCAAAUGCAAAGGUUGAUAAAUUUUGUAGAAAACGACCCAGAUAUACGUACCGGGAAAUUUACCAACAAAUUCACCUAUAAAGGGUCACAACAACGCUGGAAAAUUAUUACCGAACAAUUAAACAGCUCUCCAGGCGCCAAAAAUGACUGGUCUUCUUGGAGAAGGACUUGGCAAGACCUUAAACGGAAUACGAGGAAGAAAUCCGCAGAUAUCAAUAAAUAUAAAAUGGGAACAGGAGGCGGACCCCCUCCAAAAGAGUUAACUGACAAUGAAGCGGUUAUUUUAGAAGUCAUUGAUGUAUCCACUAUAAAUGAAUUAGAAUUAAUAGAAGAAUCAACUAUAGAUCACAAUUACUGGACAGGGAACAACCAAAUUUUAAGCCAGGAACCUAGUAAGGCAGGUACUAUAGGCCAGAUAUUAAGUCAGGAUCCUAGUAAGGCAGAAGAAGUGUUUCCCAAAGAGAAUAUUGAAAAUUCUGUCCCCAACACUACAAUUAGUAGUGAAAAGCCAAAAAGGCGAAGAAUGGCCACGAAAAGGCUAACUAAAACAUUAAAAGCAAGUGAAAAUAUGCAAACAAUAAUUAAAGACGAAAAUGCUACAAAAGGAUCACAUUGAAAUAAGAAAAUUUGUUUAUUAGAACGAGAUGUUACUGCCAAAGAAAGGAUUGCCGAG